AUGAUUAGACAUAUUGCUGAUCAUAUAGAAAAAGAAGUUAACAAAUUACUUUGGGCUUUUGUUAAAUAUGAAGCUAACAAAUCAGCACGUUAUUUUCAUGACCAUUAUACAAGUUCAAUAUUAAUAUCAUUAUUAUUAUGCAUCAUCAUAUACGUAGUUUUCAAAUGGGUAUUGCCUAAAAAGAAAACCGUCUCGGAAUGGAAAUUUAAAAAUAAAAAAUUACGAACAAAAGCACUAACAAACCAUUCUAACGAUGAAAACAAUGAAAGAUUAGCGUUUUUAGGCAACUCUAUAAUCGACAAAAUAGUAGCAUAUUAUCUUUUUUGUUGCAUUCCAAAAUGUAAAAUAUACACACUUGUAUAUUUGAAACAAAAGAUUCUAGAUAAAAUAACAUUAGCCGGAUUUUUUAGAAAAUUGAAAUUAGAGAACAAUUUAAUAUUAGAUAAAGGAAAUGAGAUGGAUAGAUAUAUUAAUGAUAAGAUUCAUGGAGAAACUUUUAAAGCGUAUAUUGCAGCAAUAUAUUUGGAUUGUAAAUGUGAUUUUGAUAAAGUUAUGGAAUAUUUAAAACCAUUCUUAAAACCAUUCAUCGAUCAAUGGGCUGAAAUUUUAGAGGAUACUGAAGACCAUAACGAGAUCCCUUCGGAGCUGGAACAUAUAAUUAAACUUGAUUUACAGAUAUUAAAAAAAGGACUUGAAGAACCAACAUAUAUAUGGAAAAAUAGAGGAUUACAUAUUCAUGAUACUAUGUUUGUUUAUGAAAUUCUUGUUAAUGGAAAGAUUUAUGGAACUGGUGAGGGCAAACAUAGAAACGAAGCUAAAAAGCAUGCUGCAAUUCAAGCUUACGACAAUAUCAAUUUAGAUAACACCAUUCUGAAACCAAUCGAGAUUAACUCAGAUGAUGUCAAGUCAAAUGAUGUCAGGUUAGGCAAUGUCAAGCUAGACAAUAUCAAGUUAGAUAAUGUCAAGUUAGAUAGUGUUAAACCUGAUAGCGUUAAAUCUGACAGUGUUAAGCAAGGUAGUGAUAAGUCUGGUUGA